AUCCAGCUUUUAGAUUGGUAUUCACUACCUCCGGUGUUUUCCAGACAGAUGGUUUUAUUAAUUGCCACACAGCUCCAGGAACGCCUGGGGACAUGGUACCAAGUCCAUACAGGUAUUUCGUGUGGCAGAAAUUGACACAGGAACCUUAAAGUUAUCAUAAUAGCGACAGUGCUUGAGUAGCACACUGAGAAUAUGUACACACCUUAAUAUUUUGUCUGUUAUAUAUCUCUUUUGCUAUUAAUACCAGGAGAUGGGAUACACUUCAUCCAUACAAAAACAGGAAAAUGUGACAAUGCGAUCCUUAUGACACUUUCCGUUUGCAUUUGACGUCUAAUUAAAGCAACCAAAAACGACAGCAAUUCGGAGCACGUCAUCUGGGCGCGCUCGCCAGCGGAGCUCUUGUUAUUUUCGCGAUGGAAUCAAAUAGGGACGAAGCCGAGCGCUGUAUUGAGAUUGCCGAGACGGCCUUCAGACAUAAACAGGUGGAGAAAGCUGUGCGUUUUCUUGAGAAGGCACAAAGGCUAUUCCCGACAGCUAAAGCACAAGCUUUGAUAGAUGCCGUCACGCAGAAUGGACAGCCAUCAAGCACAAACCACCAGUCCAAGUGCAACGAGUCCACAGGCCCCCGACACAGGAGAGGUGGGGAUGAGGCUAGUUCAGCCAGUGGGGAUAAGGGAGGAGACAGUGGGAAGCCGUACUCGCCAGAUCAGCUGGAAGCUGUCAAAAGGAUAAAGCACUGUAAAAACUACUACGAGAUUCUUGGGCUCAGCAAAGAUGCUACAGAAGAAGAUCUGAAAAAGGCUUAUAGGAAACUGGCGUUAAAGUUUCACCCAGAUAAAAACCAUGCUCCAGGGGCUACAGAUGCAUUUAAAGCUAUCGGGAAUGCAUAUGCAGUGCUGAGUAAUGCAGAGAAGCGAAAGCGGUAUGAUCAGUUUGGUGAGGAGAAAGUUCACACUUCUCGGCAUGGCCACUCGCACUCAGAUUUCCACCGCGGCUUCGAGGCAGACAUCUCGCCAGAGGACCUCUUUAACAUGUUCUUCGGAGGUGGCUUUCCGUCAAGUAAUGUUCAUGUGUACAGUAAUGGGAGAAUGCGCUACACACAUCAACAGAGACCAGAGAGGAGGGAACAACAGAGAGAUGGGGGCCUGGCCCUUUUCGUACAGCUGAUGCCCAUCCUGAUCCUCAUCAUAGUUUCAGUGCUGAGCCAAUUGAUCGUCUCCAGUCCUACCUACAGUCUUAGCCUUAGGCCGUCAAUGGGCCACACUCAUAGGCGACUAACUGAACUCCUGAAGGUGCCUUACUAUGUGUCGGCACAGUUUUCCGAGGAAUACACUGGGAUGAAUCUAAAAAAUGUGGAGCGGAAUGUAGAGGAUGAUUAUAUUUCUAGCCUCAGAAACAACUGCUGGAAGGAAAAGCAACAGAAGGAAGGUUUGCUGUACAGAGCUCGGUAUUUUGGAGAUGGAGAGCUUUACCAAAGGGCACAGAAGAUGGGCACUCCUAGCUGUGCCAGACUCUCAGAAGUCCAGGCUUCAUUGCACGGUUAACGACACCACUGCCACAAAGAUAGGCAUGCCAUUUUACUCAAGCACUGCCCCCCUUCCUGUGGACCAUUGAUUUAUGUAGGACAUUUAAAACUGCUUCGUCAUAGGGCUGUGUGAAGUGGCCAAAAUUAUUGUUAUUUUUAGUUUUGACAAAAUGCAAGUUUUAUCUUUCAAUACUACUGACCUGUAUACAGGUCAAGGAAAAAUAACACAUGUUCACCUUGGGUAAGGUUGUCCAAGAUUAGGUCUAAUUAGUUGUCUCUGGAUUGUCUUUCUUUAAAUUGAGUUAGUGCACAAAGCUAAAAACAUUAUAAAGAGGGGUGUGAGGGGCACACUGGUUUAUCAAUUACAAAAUUAACUUGGUAUUUGUGUUUUUAUCAUUUACUAUGGCCAGCUGAGGAACAAAAUUGCAAUGUCUAUUUUAAAUGUUCUUUUUUAGGUGUAGAAAAAAUGCUUUUUCUUUAAAAGACAAUAGCAUGAACAUUUUUUUUUGUUUAUGUAAACAUAUGUCUCUAGGUUGUUUUUGGGGAGUCAUUGAAGCCUGAUGAACAAUGCUGUUGGACUAUAUUAUAAAUAAAAUAAUCAUUUCUUGUCCGAGCCUUCACCAAAAUUGGACUGUAGAAAAUGUACAAAAGAUCCUUGUCAUAAUACAAGUCCAUGGGACAACACGUUUAGCCCAAAAAAGGCUAGACUGCCCUACCUACCUGUCACACUUCUGUAGCUGAACCAAGAUUUUCAUGAGGACUGUAAUCAUGGAAACACGUGGAAAGCCAAAAGGCUGGGUGCAAGAAGAUAGUUGGAGAUCACACUGUUGUCUUCCAACAGGAGAACAUAAUACGCUUAAGAGGAAUGAAUUGGAAUUAAUUUAUUAUGAUGUAACAACUGUUUUUGAUUGGCAUGUAUCCAUGUCUGAGAAUGGCUUUAGAUUCCCUUCAGUGUAUUCCUGUGCAUUGUGUAUUAAACCAUGAAUUCAGUGUUAGUAAUACAGGAUCAGUACAGAAUGGAGGGUUAAACUGUAGCAUUUGUAGCAUUUUUUUUCUCAGCCAGCCACUGAUUGUGCCAGUCAAUGACAAUUAUUGUUUCAUCUCCAUAGUUUAUAUUUGUAUGUGUGUUGUACUUUUAACUAUGCAGGGACUAGAAUUAAAUUAUUUAGCUUCCUUCUUUCUAAUUUAAUUAAUUGUACCAUGUGAAUUGAAGUACGCCAAUUAGUAUUUAAAAUAAUUGCAUCGGUGAAUAUGCUCUAUUUAUUAAAACUGAAUCAUCUGAAAUCUGUUUUUUUUUGUUGUUGUUUUUUAAAGACAAUUAAAGUGUGUGCUUAUUUUAGCUGACAACUUCAGUUUUGCUUUGUUGUGGAUAUAUCUGGGUGUAUUGAAAUAAUGGACAAUCACAAAUACUUUAAAUUAUACUUCCAUUUGUAAUGUAUAUUUGAACAAAAAAAGCAUAAUCAAAAUGGGGCUUAAGAUGUUUGGUUAUGAAGUGAAUAAUAUACAGGAUGAUUGAUAAUACCUUUGGGGAAUAUAAACAAAGUAUUUUUUUCUUUCUGAAAGUAUAAUACAUAAAAGGCUUAACUACAAAAGAAUGUAGUAAAAAGAUAAGGGAAUUUAAUGUGAAAUACACAUGAUUAUGGGGCACUGUAGAUGUAACUGUCUAUUUCAUUAACAACAGACUUCCAUCUGAAACCUCACUGAUAUUUUAACUGCAGCCAUCUGGAAAUAAAGCAAAACAAAACAGAACCCAAACCUUCAAAGAAAUAGACAUUAAAACACCCUGGUCUCUCCACACCACUAAUGGCAAACAUGCUCCGACUUUAUACCCCAAAGGAGACCCUUUUAAAAAUAAAUGUAACUUUAAGGUACUGGGACAUGUUCAUAUCAGUUUCAUCAGUACCCACUUCAAGUACGGUAGAUGUGUUUAAAGACUUGCUGUUCGAUAUUCUUUAUUUCAUUGAAUACUGACAGAACUGGAGCAAUUUAGUGUUCCCAAAUGGGAUGUACCAACAAAAAAAAGUUUAAGAAUUGACAUGAAAACAAUUGGCAUUAAUAAACUCUUUUAGCUAUCA